GAACUGUAUCCAACAGUAUGAAGCAAUUAUAAUUUUUAGAAAUGCCUCCUUUGAAAUAAUCAUCCCUGAAAGGAUUUCAAAACUAUUGUGUAGCUACAAUUCCAUGUUAGAACUAAGGCCACAUAGCUAUUAUUGAGGGCCCACACAUUUUCCCUCCAUCUUUUCCUUCUGUAACUCCUGUCCUUUUCCUCUCCUAUUUCCUGCUGUGAAUUUUUAGACUGAAAGUCAUUUGCAUUAGUAGCCUGUGAAAACUGCUCUUUGUAAAGAAUUAUGUCCAUGGUUUUUGAUCUUUUUCUCUACAGAUUGCAUGUGUGCAAUACUAAUUAUCUAGGGAGAAAACAGCAUUCCACACACACACACACAAAUACAAAUGCACACACAGGUGUGUGUAUGUGUAUAUAUACGUGUGUAUAUCUAUCCAUCUAUCUAAUUUUAUCUAUAUCUGUAGAUAUCUUCAGCUACUGUUCCAAGAGUGGUUGGGUAGUGUAUUGGUUAGAGCACUGCCUUUGAUGUGUGAGACCAGAGUAUAUCCCAACUGAUACCUAUCUUAUGAGUAGGAGUCCUUGAUCCCCUAAUGCUUCACCUGCCUACCUCAAAAUAUGAAAAUGGCAUGAACUAGGAGAGUCAUGCCAGCUGAGAUAUCACCUGGAUUGAUGAUAGCUGUGUCAAAUUUUGAGGAACAGGAGAAUCUGAUAAUAUGUGGACUAUUGGAAUAAACCUUUCAUGAAUGAGAAAGAGAACCUAGAACUGACUGAACUCUAUUACAUUUUAUCCUAUUACAGGAGACUGAAUGGAUAUACGAAGCAUAUGAAAGAACUGUGAAGGGACAGAAGGCCUGCAGCCACACACUGAGAAACAGCUAGUUACCCAAUGAUUCAACAUAGUGAAGAGAAAGCUGCUAUCACAGAUGGAGAUAAACAUUACAUCCCAAACUCAAGAACACCUGGAAGAACAACUGGGUAUGCAGCCAACACCUGAGGAUGGAACUUCAUUAUCACCCUCUCCAUUGCAGAGCACAGCUGCUGAUAUGAGGCACAAAAUCAUGGAUAAGCUAGCUAUAAUCAAACCUUGAGUCCAGUUGCCAAGGCUCAGUAGAGAAAUACCAUCAGAUAAUAUGCUAGAAGAUGCUAAUAGAGCCCUUUUAACAAUCUCUACUACCAGGAUAACUAAUACCAAUGAUAUAUGCUAUGACUGCUGUAAUCCGAGAGAUACUUAGCUUUACAAGCAACACAAUCACAAGAACAGUCGUACAUAUACCCCUUGGAAAAUAAAGUUAGAAGGUUAACCAACUCAGAGAGGUUAGUCAGUUGGUGGAGUUAUAGAAAAAAGUGAAGAGUGAAAAAAUCCAAGGACCUAACUCUAUCUGAAGCCUUCAAGACUGCUAAACACAGGCUAAUGCCACUGGGUACCGGGCUAAGGAAAUAUACUAGAAAAUCAUAGGCCUUGAAAAUAAAAGCCUUGUUCCCUAAAGAACCAUCCAAAGUAUAGUCCAAGAUGUAGUGCAAUAACAUAGUAACAGCAGAGCCAUCAACAUCAGAAACUGAAUAGUACUAGAAGGACAUAUGGCAGAAAGAGAAAUCAUAAAACAGUGUAAAAUGGCUGCAAGAUCUGAGAGCAGACCACAGCAAUCUCCUUGAACAGGAACCAGUUACCAUCAUUACCAUCAUAGUAACAGACAUUGAACAAUGGAUUAAGUACAUGAAGAGCUGGACAGCACCUAGCCCAGAUAUGAUCUACAAUGGCUGGUUAAAGAAAGUAACAACAGUGCAUGAACACCUACCGUGUUUCCCGAAAAGUAAGACCCGGACUUACUUUCUUUUGGACUCUGAAGUAAGCACUAGGUUUUAUUUUCAGGGAGGGUUAACUUUUUGCCAAUAGCAGUACCAGUAGGCCGCAAGCGCAGGGAGGUGAGGUAGGGCCUGUGCAUGGGGUGGAGAAGCAACAUGGCGGUGAGAGUGUGGUGGCAGACCAGGUACAAUACCAGUGUGGCCGUGAUGGGCGGCAGCAGAAAGGAUGCCGAGCCUGGCGCAGAGAAAAUUGGUCCAGAUCUGGAGUGCCACCCUGCCAUUGACCUAUCAGGGCCCUUCGCCAGUGGUUGCCAGUGGAACCGUGCCACCCAUGCCUCCGCCUUUGGGCUGCUGAGCACUAGCCUGCACGCCUACUCGGUGCUGCAAGCACCAGACUAAGGGCUAAACCUGGCACUCUUCGGGCCUCGCAGGGUUCUUUACCCUCCUGGCUGUGCUGCUCUGGGCUGUCCUGCUGGCGUAAAUGCCAGCCUGCAUGCUUAUUUGGUGCUGCAGGGGCUAGGUUAAGAGCUGGACUUGGCCCUCUUAAGAUCCUGGUGGGUGCUGCACCUCUCAUGCCAGCUGGGUGCUUUUGGCCUCUACCAGCUGCUCCUACUGGAUCACCUUCAGCCUGGCUGGCUGCUGCUGUCACCACGAGGUGAGGAAGCGAGGCAGGAGGUGGUGGGGGGUAGAGUUGCUUCCCUCCACCUGCCAGAUGCCUACCGAAGCUGUGCAGGGUAAGAUUGCGGAGCCCCCCUGCCUAGAUGCCCUUGCCUCCCGUAAGAGUUUUUUUUACUAACUUGCCUUUCAGUUGCAUUGCAUUUCUCCAUUUGCUUCUCAGCCUUCACCGUGUGUUUGUGGGACAAAAAAAAAAAAGUUCAAUCAGACUUUCUAACUUCUUGUGAGAUCUCGCAACAACGACAAUGCUGAUCAUGAAAGUUCCCCACAAAGGAACAGCACCAGCCAACUACCAGCCAAUAACCUGCCUCCCCAUAAUGGAAAGUCCUAUCAGGCUUUAUAGCCACCAAGCUACCCACUAUAUGGGCCAGUACAUGAGCAUAGCUGAGAAGGGCAUUAGGAUACCAGUUGCUCAUAAAUAGACUCAAAGUCUAGACAGAGCAAUCUGAGCACAACCUGGAUUGAUUACAGGAAAAGCCUAUGAUUCAACAUGAUCUGUGACUGCCUGGCACUAUACAAAGUCAACAGUACACUAAAAACGUGCCUCAAAAACUGUGGAAGAGAACACUAGAAGUCAAAUCAAAACAAUUCACAUAAGUGGCCAUAAUGUUGUGGAUGCUCCAUCAUGGGAGGUUUUCAAAAAUAGGCUGGAUUUGAUUGAGAUAGUAUAAGGCUCCUGCCUCAUCAUUUGAUUGAGAUAGUAUAAGGCUCCUGCCUUGAGCAGGGGGUUAGAGUAAAAGACCUCUGAGGACCCUUCUAAGCUUAGGAUUGUAUGUUCUAUGUGGCAUAUACCAAGUGUGACAUAUACAAGGUGAUGCACUGUUCCCACUGUUGUUCUAUAUAUGUUUAAACUUCCUCACCCAGAUAAUCACAAAGACUGGCAACGGAUACAAGUUUGAGAGUGGAAUUAUCAUCAGCCACCUCUUCUACAUGGAUGACAUCAAGCUGUAUGCAAAGAAUGAACAAGACAUCAAAUUGCUGAUCCACUUGACAUGGAUCUACAGUGAGGAUAUUAGGAUGUCACUCAUCUAGAGAGGUAUAGUCAGAUGGUAAUCAAGAGAAGAAAGUUAAGAUUAAUGGGGUGCAAUUACAUAUCAGACUUACAAAGUUACAAGUACUUUUGUAUCCCAUAGUUACAUGGGAACCAUGAUGAGAAGGCAAAGAAUACAGCAACAUCCAAGUAGAACAAAUAAGAACAAAAGAUCAGAUCCUUAAAAGCCAGUUGAAUGGAAAGAAGAAGAUCCAUGCCAUCAACAAGCAUGCACUGUCAAUCAUCAGAUACCCUGGUGAUGUAGUGAACUGACCAAAGAAGGACAUGGAAUCUUCCAGUGUGAACACCCAGAGGUUCCUCACAAUGUACAGAGAUUUCCACCCAAAGUCCAAGAGACUGUAUACUAGAAGGAAAGAGUAUUGUUGGGAUCUGGGAGUGUCAAAGUCACUGUCAUGGAUGGAACCCAGAGUAUCUAGGAGUACAUGAGUAUAUGGCAUGUAAAGACAAGCUGCUGAGAGAAUGCCUGAAGCAGCAGAAGAUGUGGAAGAAAGGUCAAGCAGAGGAUGUACCAUUGACAGUUAGUUGAGGUGGCAGACAUUGGGAAAUCCUACUAGUGGCUGGAAAUGGCUGGACUAAAAGACAAUGCUGAGGCACUGAUCGUAACAGCCCAAGAACAGGCACUAAGUACCUGAUUCAUAGAAGCUGAUUCAUAGAAGUUGGUCUAUUACAUUAGACAGGAUGCAAGGUGCAGACUGUACAAAGAGGCCUCAAAGACAGUCCAACAUAGAGUGGCAGGGUAUAAUAUGCAAGCAAGAACAGCAUAUUUUGAACAGCGCAACUAAAUAGCUGGCAUUGUGUACAGGAACAUCAAUACAGAAUGUGGGCUAGGUCCUCCUAAGGCUAGAUGACAGAUCCCAGAGAAUGUUGUGGAAAAUAAGAGGGCUAAGAAGCUCUGGGAUUUCCAGAUCCAGGCAGGCAGGUAUGUACUAGCCAAUCAACCAUAGUAGUAGACAAAAAUCAGAAGACAGUAGUGAUGAUAGAUAUAACGGUGCCAAGUGACAACAACAUCAGGAAGGAAUCUAAACAACUGGAGAAGUACCAGGGACCCGAAAGAGGAACUGGAAAGGAUGUGGAAAGUAAAGGCCAAAGUGGCCCCAGUAAUGAUAGGAGUACUUAGGGCUGUGACUCCUAAGCUGAGAGAAUGGCUCCAACUGAUCCUGGGAAUGAUGUCAGAACACUCUCUACAGAAGAGUGAAGUGCUAGGAAUAGCUAAGAUCUUACAAACUAAAUGAGAGCAGAGAAAACAAAAAAGAAAUAAUAGAAAAGGCUAAAAGUGAAAUGAGAAAAUAAAAAAAAAUACAAAGAUACAAAAAAGGUAACUUCUGAUAUUUUUCCUAUCAGUUAUAACUGCAAUUAUAUUUUAACCUCUCUAAAGUUACUUAGAUACUUUCUUCUACAAUCUGUCCUGUCUAAUCAACAAAAUUAUAAAUUACAAGUUUAUUUUUUUUCAUAUUUCUGCAAAAAGUCCACAAGGGGUUUCCAGUCAUCAAUAAUGUAGAUAUUGUCUUUUCUCUAAUGAAAGAUAUCAGUUUGUCCAUCUCAAAAAAUUCUACCAAUUUCAUCAACUAUUCUACUAUGACGUGUCCAAUCUUUCUUUCUUUAUGCAUAUAGUAAUCUCACCACAGUAAUCAUAUACUGAAAUAAUCUUCUAUGGCUUUUUCUGUUUAUCUAUUAAUCUUAACAGGAAAAUGUCUGUUUUUAAUUGAAUAUUAGUCUUUAAAAAUCCUGGGUAUCAAUGUAUUUGAAUCCAAUUUUGUUUAGCUUUUUAUAGAUGUACUUUCAGGGUCAUAUGGGGUUAUAUAUCAAUGUACCUCAUUUUAUAAAAAAUUUCUUUAAAAUCAUAGAAUGUAAAAUUCAAUUCAUUUAACCACAUAUUGAUUCAUCUGUAUAUAAUAACCCAAAUUCUUAGCCCACUUUAUGAAGAUUCCCCAAAUAUUUCCUAACCUGACGCACAUAUCCACAGAGUUCCUGCUCUUUCAUAGCAUCAAGGUGAAAAUGUAUUCAGCGUAGUGGCAGUAGCUAUCACACAUUGUGUCAAUCGCUUUAUAGGACAUUCAAAUUUCAUGAGAUGCACAAUGCUAUGCAGUUUAGUUUAUCUAAAUUUUGACGGGCUGUAACAAAGCUUCUGUCUUGGAAAGGGAUGCACAGACAUGCCUGUGAUUUAUACACUGUCAUCGUUAUGACGUCGCUGGAUUGGGUGGGCUCCAAAUGUUUAGAUCUUCCCUCCAUUUGGGCUUUAAAGGGUCUUUUCAAUAGGAAGGGCACCUAUUUUGGCCUUCAGCGCGCACCGCCCCUCCCCUUAAAAUCUGAAAACUUCUAAGGCUGCAAAUGCAGUGCUGGCGAGUGCAGCUCAGCCGUCUUCUAGAAACGGAAAACCCUUUGAGUUAGUGCGGCGUUUGGAAACAAGGAAAUCCAACGCACGUCUGAAGGGGAACAAGUUAACAAGCUUGAUGAGCCUUUCUGUUCCACCGCCAUCUACCGCCAAUCCUUUUGACUCCUUUACAUGUGCAUUGGUCUCUGACCUUCGUCUUCUUGCUUCCCCUUCCCGUCUAAUUCUAAUGGCGAAAGAGUCCAGGUUGAGGAUGGAACCGCAAGGUGGAACCGCAAGGAAAAACUGGUUGGCCGCUCCCGCCUCCCGGACGCUCCUCCGCCCCACAAAAGACUUCGCGGCGGCCAUGGUAUAUGUGCACAGAAGUAGAGACAAGCAAGAAACGGCACGCACCGCUCAGGUCCUAAACCGGGUGCAGGAAAGCGGGAUGAAAACCCUGAGCGGGGGCUGGCGCCACGCUUCAGAGAAAGAUUGGCUGCUUAGCCUCGCCCUUGUGGCAUUCCUUCGGGGAUGCCGUUCUUCUCUCACGAGGAAGACUCGAAGGUGCUGGAGCAAUGUCUCCGACUCCGCGAAGUACAAGCGCUGGGGACGCUAAGCUUUCCCGCCUCGCGAGGGCUUCUUGGCUUGCGCAGGAGAAGGACAAGGCUCGGGCGCUCCCCACCUCAGACACGGCAGACCGUGAGAGUAGGCACUGUCGGGAGGCGCGCGAGUUCUUCGUGGCAGCGCAGGGGCAAAGCCGGUGGCUGCAGCCAACCCAAGAGACCCUGGAGGCGGGAGUCGCCUUGCCUGAUCCUGGAGAGAAAAAGCGAGGCUUCAAUUCGAAGGUAAAUCAAGGGCGGACGAGCGCUUCUAGCCAAUCCACCGCGCCCACGAGUAGAGAGAAAUUGGAAAAAUGGAGCGUAACAGAGGUUUUAGAUUUAAAAGAAAGGCAGGAAUACUUGUACUGCUAUUUAUUACCAAAGGAAAAUGAGCACUCAGAAACUCCAGAGGAAGAAAAACAAGUGUGUGAUCAGAGUGAAGCUGAUUGGAAGGAGAGGGAGAAGCUCACUUCUAUCGUCUUGGAACAAGCGAACAGCAGAAGUGUGGAUUUGACAAACUUUAAGAGACCUAUAGAUUUGGCCCAAGCUAUUAGCCAUGUGAGCCUUCACGAUGCCAUGGUGAUGGGAUCAGACCACUCUAAUGUAACAGAUGCAGAGACCACUUUAGAGAGACUGGAAAUUCUACCCGACUUAAAUACAUCUCCAAUAACAAGACCAACAUGUUAGAAUUAUUUGCAAAUGAUCAUUGCUGCAGAAGUCUUAUAAACCAAGACUGCUUUCUCAGCCUGAAUGGAAAUGGAUAUGAGACAAUUCAUUUCACGUCAUUAACAAUGGAAGAAAAUUUUGAUUUUGCAGAAACUUGUCUUUUUGAAGAACGAGAUUCAGAUUCUGGAUUUUCUUUAGACUUAAAUUAUAGUAAUGCAUCCCUUGUAUUUUCCUGUAACAAGAAUGCAAACUUUGGAGCAUCAGAUUACUCAGGAGCUGUAGGAGAUAGUUGCUUACAAUGUUACCAUACAGAGUAUCAAAGCACUUAUGACCAUAGGACAAAAUCACUAGCAGGUAUAUUCCACGAUCACACAUACAAUCAGGAUUUCCAACAGCUGACAUUCUCAAUGUCAGAGGAUUAUUUCAGAUGGCCAGAAGAAUCCAAAAGAACUGAAAAUGAAAAACAUAUAACUCUAUAAAUGAAUACCGGGCAAAAACUCUUUAAGAAUUCCAUUCUCUGUUAAUGAUAUAGUGACCUUGCCUGUAGAGUCUUUUAAUAGCAUGUUAUCAAACUACUAUCUAACAGAUAAUCAACUGUCACUCAUUCGUGAUAUAAGAUGAAGAGGAAAAAAUAAAGUCGCUGCUCAAAACUGCCGUAAACGUAAACUAGAUGCAAUUAUGAACCUUAAAGAUGAAGUGCAUCAUCUUCAGAUGCAAAUGGAGAAGCUUGAGAAACAGAAGGCACAAUACAAAAGGUCAAUUAGCAAUAUAAAACAAAAACUGAACGAUCUUUGCUGGAACUUUUUCAGUAAAUUGAGAGAUAACCAAGGAACAAUUAAUACAAGCCAAUGUGCCCUUCAGUGUUGUGGAAAUGGUACUAUAUUAAUUUUACUUGAAAAAGCCAACCAGAGCCCCCAAACUGAAAUAAUGAUAGACAAAAAUUUAAAAUGUUUUAAUAAUGGUGUUUAAGGAUUGCAUAUGCAAGUCAGUAUGAGCAUGAAUUGUAUCUCUUGCCUAAUCGUUUUACUGUUUUAAAGAAUUUCAACUUUAA